UGUAACAAAUUAGAUUGAAUACAUGUUAUGUGCUUUGUAGAUUUAAGUAAUUAAACACGAGACCACCUGUGCUCCAGUAAAAACCUGGACUAAUAUUUAAAACGUUAAUGGGGGAGGGACAGACCUCAGCAAAGCCUGGCGUGUUAACGCUCAGAAAGGCAGUGACUAUAACUUUCCCUCUUUAUGCCCCCCGACCUCCACCCUCUUCCGGGCUCUGUGGAGGAGCGUCCGCAGCCCCAGUAGAGAGCUGUGGAAGGAGGCCAGUGGGUAACACCAAGAUUUUUGCGUUCAGCAACAAUGGAACAAACUAAAUACUUUUAUAAACUUGGCUAACCUGUUAACCAUCUGCGGUGGACUUUUCAGUUUACACAUUUGUCUAUUAACUUUUUUGUCUUGGGCAAGGGGAAUCAAAUAAAACAUGGUUUUCGGUGAGCGCUCUUCCUUAGAGCGCAGAGUACGCACGGCCGUUUUGGCGCUUCUGCUUUACGCGCAGGCCGGUUUUGGCUUCUCAGUCGCGGGACAUCAGGAGAACACCUGUGAGGCCAACGGCAGUGUGUACUUCGUGGGCGAAUGGUAUUUUCUGGAUUCUGAUCACUGUACUCAGUGUGAAUGCACCGCUGAGGGCUCCUCAUGCUCCCGCACUGAGUGCACCUCUCUCCCGGCUGCGUGCAUCCACGUUAGCCACUACCCCACCGACUGCUGCCCCAGGUGUGAGAAGAUCGGGUGUGAGUACCGAGGAGUGGUGUACGAACUGGGGCAGAACUUUCAGCCAUCAGAAUGUGAGCAGUGCACUUGUGACAGUGAAGGCAUCGCUCGCUGUCUGGUUGCAGAUUGUGCUCCUCCGCCAUGUGUCAAUCCUGUCUACCAGCCUGGGAAAUGCUGCCCUGAAUGCAAAGAUGGUCCUAAUUGCUACGUUAAUGCGUCACGUAGCCAGGUGAUUCCUGCAGGAGAACCCGUCUGGGUUGACUCCUGCACCAAGUGUCGUUGUCACGAUGGCCAGGAUGCUGGUUACUGGGAAGGAAACCGUCUCGCCACCUGUUCCCGCCUCAAAAACUGUACACCUGAACAACUGUCUACCCACAAAAACUGAUUUACACUGUCUGCAGAGAACCAUCUGUUAAUACAAAAUACAAAAUAUACAGUUCCUGAUGACUGAUUUCCCAUACACCUUGCAUCUGUCAGAACAGUUUGAACCCCCAUUUGCAGAUGAACAUGUCAGUGGGAACACCAGACGUCAGGGACAAUCUGCAAAUUUUUGGGAACAGAAGUGAACAAAAAAAUCAUUUUGAAAACCCCAAACGCCAUCAGAAGAGAUCAGCUGCCCUUCCACAAAGACUCUUCCAAUGUUUUUGCAACACUGAUAAGACAAACCGAAUUUGUCAGUUUGGUGGACAAGGCUGGCCCGUGAUCAGGCCUUAGCUGCAUAUUACAAGCAGAUUACAAGGCAGAUUCACAGGCCAGUUAAAUCCAGGUUCACUGCAUGUCAGUUGGUUUUGGCAGUUAGAUUAACUUCACUUUUCAUAAAUCUGGAUCACUGAACAUCAAACUCAGAGUGAAAAAUACCUACUAAAUUAAUGUGGUACUAAUCAAACAAAUGGCAGGCCAUGGUGCCAAACAUCUGUACUCCUACAGAAAAAUCCAUAAUUGAAGAAAUCUAUCAGGAACUAAAGAAAACCCACAUGACCUUUGAAAGGUCACUGUAUUCCACAGACUUUUUACUUAAUCUUGGCCCUGUGAUUGACUGGCGACCAGUCCAGGCUAUGCCCCGCCUCUCGCCUAUUGUCAGCUGGCAUAGCCUCCAGUCCCCCCUCCUCGACCCUGACAGAUAAGCCGUAUAGAAAAUGGAUAGAUGGAUGGUUACUUAAUCUGCCUGUCCACUGUUUCUUCAAAAAAGGCUCAUUAGACUAUUAUGUUUAAAGAGAGUAGCUUACAGAGGAUACUGACACAGGAGGUUUUUCGGAGCAGAAGCAACUAGCAACAGCACAAAGCCAGUGAGAUUAUUGGAUUAUGAGAAAUUGUAAUUGACCUGUCACAGUUUGAUGCAGCACCCAAAUGCAUGCACAUCUAUGAUGCAAUUUAGUCUAGCAAAUGGCUUUGCAAAGCAAUUAAUGAUUUGUAACUGUUUUAUGAAUUCUGCAGUUCAGUUUCCAUGUUAAUUGAAAUAUAAUGUAUGAGACUGUGGUCUAAAAUAUGACUGUACAGUAGUUAUAGACACAGGCGAUAUUUGAAAACAGGGUUUCAUUUAAUGGAGCAUUAUUUGUUCGCUGUAGAGCAGGAACAACAAUCUGCAGUUCAUUGCUUUUUUAUUUUCACACAAAACAAAUGUGUAGUCUUUCAUAGCGACAGCUUUCCUUGUUAUUAGCACUGUUAUCAAAGUGUACAGCUGUCGCUUGAUCUUCAGCAUAUGAUGAAUUGUAGCAUGUAGCGAGUAUCAUUUUAUGUAGGUUUAUAUGCAGCUCAUCUUCCUAUUGUUGUUUGUCAUUAUCUAAUGCUGUAAUCACAAGGGACCUUUAAAUUAAAACCCAAAAUAAUAUUGGCUUGUUAUAUGUUUAUGUGCAGGAUGGGAGGUGAUAAUGGCCUUUUCUUUACUGCAUAUUUAAGACUCCCAAGCUGCUGCUGCAUGAAGUAUAUCAUCACAACUGACAAGUUUCACUGCCAUAAUCCUUCCUGAAAAGCCUCUUAAAGCAUAGUUUGGUAUUAAGUUUAAACUUUUAGGGUUAUGAACUGCCUUUAAAUCUUAUUUUAUCACAAGACUUAAUGAAAGAAUACGCUCUUACUGUAUUUCCAACAUUUUCUAAGAGUAAGACUAUAUAAGAUCUGAAAGCUAUCUUUUCAGCUCUCGUUUUAAUUUCUCAAUAAUCAGAAACAGACAUUUUGUGAAAUAUGUGUAUUUGCUUUCUUGCUGAGAGUUACUUUAGAAGAUUAUCGUUACUAGAUAUAACAACAACAGCGGUUUAGCUUAGCAUAAAGACUGGAAACAAGUGGAAACAGUUAGCCUGGCUCUAUUCAGUGUUAGCCAGAAAUCCUCAAUAAACACUUGUAAAGCUCACUGAUAAACACGUGUUACCUUUGUAGGGACAGUCUAUAUGCUAUGCUAAGUUAGCAUAAAGCUGGUGGCUGUAGCACAAAAAUUACUGCACCAACAUGAGGGCUCUGUCAGUCCUCUCAUCAGAUUCUCUGUACAUAAGCCAAAAAUGUCAAACUAUUCCUUAGUUUCAGUGUACUGUCUAAAAUAAAAGGGAACAUAUGAAUCACACCCAAAAA